ACAUCAUCUACCGAUCUCGAAGCUCAUCUCCCACCAUCUCUUCGUCACCGUUAUACUAAAGGUGUACUUUGAGCAAGUGGAAGCCUUACCGCUGCCAGCAGCGCAACUACCAUGGCACACUCCUCGCCACCAUUAAAUACCCAACCUUCCGAAUCCCGCGCACUCAAACGCCCCGCAUCGCAGAGUCGCCUCACACAGCUUCUCGUCCCGGGACGGUCACGUAGCGACUCGACAACUUCACAAACCAGUGUGAAUAUCGAGGAUAGCGGUAGCAGCGGCAGAGCAACCCCCGAAGGUAGGACACGAGCUGGUAAGGCUGCAGCAGCAUCGCUAUUGGCAAAUGACCCAAAGUACAAGCGAUUCAAACAACAGGUUGACAAGGCUCUGCAGUCAUUUGAAAAUGUCAAUGAAUGGGCAGACUUCAUAUCCUUUUUGUCCAGACUUCUUAAGACGUUGCAAUCACCUUCACCGCCGUAUCACGAGAUACCCAGGAAGCUUAUUGUCUCCAAGAGGUUGGCACAAUGCUUGAAUCCGGCGCUACCUUCAGGGGUUCAUCAACGUGCACUCGAUGUCUACUCCUAUAUAUUCAGCAUAAUUGGGACUGACGGUCUUCAACGAGACUUGGCGAUAUGGUCCUCAGGUCUUUUUCCAUUCUUCCAAUACGCUGCCACAUCGGUUCGCCCCUUAUUGAUCAACAUUUAUGACCAUUAUUAUCUGCCACUUGGGGAGAACUUGAGGCCUGCGACGAAAGCUUUUGUGCUGGCUUUGUUGCCUGGGAUGGAAGAAGAAGCAGGGGAUUUCUUUGACAAAAUCCUUUUCUUACUGGACCGUCUGUCCGGCGCCAUCUCCCCAUCUUUCUUCCUCCAAAACAUAUUCCUCAUUCUUAUCACUUCGCCGAUUUCGCGUCUCGCGGCUCUCAACUAUCUCGCUCGGCGGAUGACAAAGCCCCUCGACCAUCCAGACGCCGCUAUUGAAACUGGCUUAUUAAUACGAGGAUUGAGUGCGGCUUUGGAUGAUGAGAACGUUCUUGUCAGAAGGAACGCUUUGGAUCUUUUACUGAGAGUGCUAAAGCUUGAAAGUAAGGUCUUGAAGGAGGCGGAGCUCAGCGAUAAACAACUGCUCAUCGAUUCUGCCACCAGCGUUGUUCUCCAGAAAGAACUCUCGCUCAGCCGACGAGUAUACACCUGGCUUCUUGGAACAAGCGAGUCGCCUAAUGAUCAGGUAGAUUACUUCAAAGCCCAUGGCUUAGAUUUACUUUCCUCCACGCUCUUGCUUAAGAUGGAAAAAUCGAUGGUGGAGGAAGAUGGAGGAAGAGACGAUGAUCCGCAAAAACCAUUCAAAAUCUUUCUAUCGCUCUUGGAUAAAUGGGAAAUAGGAGGAGUAUUGUCUGAAAAGGUUGCAAUACCAGCUCUUAGGAUCAUGAUGGAUGCGUCGUCAUCUGGCUUGACUGAAGCGUCAAAUAUGGCGAGCGCUCUAUAUGAAGCAAUGGAACCGUCUAUCAUUUGGAAAGAGCUGUAUCACUCUGUUGAGGAAAGGAUCUUGCGGGGGAAUAAAGGCGAUGUUGCCCUUGUCUCUUGGCUGCUGGACAAUGUGCCACAAAAGGAUGAGGAGAUUGCAGCUUUGCAUCUCCCUCUGCUGCUCGAUAGGAUCCUAGAGCUUAUACAGUGCGAUAACAUAGCUGCCGAUCAGCUGCCCGAGGCAAUCCGACUUGCGGUCUCUCUCGUUCAGCACAUUCCCGCAACCGUGUUUUCAAAAUCGUCGUCGACUUUUCAUCGCCCUCCUACUGAAGAGCCUCCUCUUUUUCAAGGUCUGUAUGAACAAAAGCAACAACCGCGUGACAUCGAAAUCCGGCUUCAUGCCCAUCUUCUUCCCCAUAUCGUUCAAUCUGCUUUUUCAAUUAGCAUAGCUGCCCUUAAAGGAUCGGAUCCCACCAUUUUACUCCAUGCCAUCAAUAUCAUAAGUGUCUUGAUAGAUUACGAGGUCCCUGCACUGGGAGAAAUAGACGGACCUACGUGGCUGAGUGCAUUGGUGGACAGCCUGCCGAGAGUUAAAGCAUUUGUGGUGGUUGAGGCCCUGGUGAUGGUCGCACUCAAGGCUAGCAGGUCCGAUCUGAUGAAGUCAGGGAUAUCGGUGACAUCAGACAAAACAAUGUCUGCUAUUCUAGAUUCUCUCUUUCGAUACCUGCAACCGUCAGCGUCGCUUUAUCAUAGUCGAGCGGUUGAGCUUCUUUGGGAUUAUAACCAGCUUGCAGAGAUACAUACUCUAGAGACUGUCAUCGCGCGCAGAAUGACCAAGUCGUCAUCUAUCAAUUCUGCUUUAGAGGCAUUCGGCAUUUUCUGGCGACUGACAGAUGACUCGAUGCUUCCUGGUGAAAUAUUCCAUGUUCCUGUUUGUACUGUGCUGGAAUCUCUAAAAUCCACGGAUCCUGACGUCCAGCGUCAAGCUGAGACUUGGCUUCGUCUCAAUCUUCGUUCAUAUUUCAGAGUUCUUGACCCUCUUCUCAGCCGCCUUCUCGACCCUUCAAUCAAAUAUGAUUCCUCCCAAGGGACAUACGAUGGUCUGGUGGAUUUGAAUUUGAUAAGACAUCAAAUCGAGAGUGUUACCGCUCUUUUUCAGUUUGGUGGUCAAGGGUUGUGCAAAGCCUGUCAGGUAGAAGAACUGAACGGCUCUUUACACUCGACAUUUAUCUCAAGAGCAGAAAAGGCCUUUCCUGGGGUGAAGGGAUAUAUGGAACUGAUCUGUCUACUUCUGAUUAGGUUCGUUGAGGCGGAGACGAGUCCGCAGAUGGGCAAAAAAGCUUCCCCUCUGAUACUUCGUGUGCAGAGUGCUGCCCUUUCCCUUUUGCAGAUGAUAGUAUCCCGUGGGGAAGUUUCUCAACCCUUUAUAUCAUCACUCAAAACCACACUCGCCAACAAACUACUCUCCGCAGUCCAGGCAAGGCGACUUACUUUGCAAAGUAAAAUGCUUCACCUCCUUCACUCUGCUAUCAACGCUUCUUCUUCCCAUCGUGAACCGUCUUCCCGUGUACCUAGCCAGACACAUCGGCGAGGUGCCUCAUCAGUCACGGAAAAGCCCCUGUCGAUCGAUGUUUCGACAUCGGACUUUGAGCACCAGCUAGUCAUUACAGUAAUGCAAGGUGUGGCAACGCCUUCUAAUAUUCCCGUUCUCCAACACUGGAUUGACUUUGUGCUGAUGACAGUACCUCUUUUGGUCAAUCGGCCUAACCUGCUGCACACUCUAGCUGAGUGUUUUAGUCAGGAGACACGGGAACUGGUGCAGCGCAUCCAAGAGGGGCAUGAGAAAAAGUCCUUGCUACGAGAUAGGAAAGACAUUAUCAUUAUGCCGGAUGAGGUUCUCAAUGUAACAGACGCAGAGGUCAUUAUGACUCUCAAUGUUCUUGAACGCGUGCUUACUAUACUGAGCAAUCCCGCGUCAGGAAAAGUAGAUGACUCUGUUUCCGGGCAAGGCGAAAGUGGAAGUCGGAUCCUUGGUUUGGUAUCCACAGUCUUUACCGUCGAAGCUCCGUCGAAUGAGUUGAAACCCGAAUCUCCGAGAUACCUAGACGAUGCUGUUCAUGCGUUGUUGGUAACCUGGUCCGCUACAUUGCCGUCGUCGGAAGCCGCAGAUGAGAGGGCGCGGGUUGAAGACGUAAGCCAUCAGACCUAUGUUAAUAUUCGAGGCCGAACAAGGAAAGUACUGGAGAAGGUGUUUCGGGCAAACCCUUUGGCGGUCAUUUCUAGCUGUGUGCAUGUCUGGUCAUUACGGUCCGAGCAAGUUUCGGAUGAGGCAAUCUUUGAUUGCGUUGAUACCUUAACACCAAGCGCUCAAAGAGUCGUGGAGCUAAUCUGCGACAUGGCUUCUGGGAAGUCGGGGAAAGCUGUUUCAGAUUACAAAGCCGAUCCAUCUUGCCUUGCUUUCCUUGAGGCAUAUAUUUCUCGCCUCGAGGCUCCUAUUGCGGUCCAGGUCUGGUCAACCCUGUUUGGUUUUGCUCGAGAGCUCGUCAGCGCAGCAACGACAGUCUUUACCCGUUCUCAACUCUUUUCUCUUCUUCAGUGCCUUACCGAAUUAUCUCUAACGAUAUCAAAAACUACCGCUCUAGAAGAUCGUCGUUUGCGACGAGAUCUCCACGACACUUAUGCGAGGGCUCUUGAUCUCGUUGUCAACAAUUCCCUAAAGAUCGCCGAGGCUGGAAUAUGGGAUAGGCCUGACAUAGCUAAAUCUGUAGACGCCGAUAAGGAAGACGACGUUGACGUGGAGAAAGGACUAGUAAAGAUCUACGACUACUUGGCCACUGCAGUCAUACCCAACCUAAGGUUACUCUUGGUUGAAUCUGAUAGAGUAAACUCGGCGUGUAGUGGCAUCAUAGUGGCCAUUGUCAACCCUGCUUUCCGAAGGCAACGCGUUGACGCACCGAUCCUUCGUUUGAUCCUUGAAAUAUCUCGUAUUCCCUCCACAGCCAAGACAUGGCGGCCACUCGUCUCUGACUUCUUCUCUGACCAUCGCCUCUUUAAAUCGAAGCCCUCUGUCGAGACGGACUACUGGAAGCAACUCAUACUGGCACUCUUCACCUCCGAUAAAGAGCGCUUUCCCGACCUCCUUUCCCGCAUUACAUCAACGAGUUCUGCAAAUAUAAAUAUAUUUACAAACAGAGAACAAGAAAUGGCUGGGAAAUGUGGGAAUCUAAGAAGACUGAGUCUUAUACUACUUGCAGCAGAAAGAAAUCAUUAUCUUGGAUUGUUGCCGGCCAUCCAAGAGAGACUGGUCGAGAUGUUGCGAUCGGGAAACGUCUCCGCACGAGUGCAUUCCGAGGUAUAUCUAUGUCUGAGGGUGUUGAUGUGUAGAAUCAGCCCGCAACACCUUACCAACUUUUGGCCCGUGAUAUUGGCUGAGCUUUUGCGUAUAUUUGAGCGGACGUUAGAUGAACCCCCCGAGGAUGAAUCAGAAGAAUUGUUGCUGGUUCUGGCCGCUUGCAAAUUCUUGGAUCUAUUGCUCGUCAUUCAGUCUGAAGACUUCCAAAUACACCAGUGGAUGUUUGUUACGGACACUACCGACGCGGCCUAUCCUCCAGAAGACUAUGCGCCUGAUGCCAUGAUGGAUAAGUUGGCCGAGUUGCUCAGUGAAUUAGGUUCCAAAGGUGGUGAUACUGAACUUUCCCUCUCGGAACCCUCUCUCGUUUUGACAUCCCCUCUGAAUCGAUUACCCAAUUCUCUGCGUCGACCUCGUUUAUCAGAGGUGACCUCCAUCGUGAGCUUGCAACAACUUCAAAUGUUCUUUGCACGGGCGAGUAUGGACACAUUUGAAAGCGUUUAUGCGGAGGCGGCCGUUGAUUGGAAUGGGAUUGAAGAAGGAUUAUUGGGUGAAAUCUUUGAUGCUUAGUGUUACAAUACGUCAACAUGGGUGAAUAACUGAUAGGCUUUAAGAUUAGAGUAGAAUGAAUUUCUCGAAGCCCUCCCACUCACCCAACUCGACAACUCAUUCGUCCCUCAAACAACCUUCAAGGGAUCAGCAUCCGCUUUGCUGACUAGCACCUCCCAUUUACCCCCAUUGGCCCCGUAUUCAUUGCUAUGAUCUUUAGUCUCCUUAUUCAGUUCUUCCUGUAACCACGGUUGCAACACAUGGGAGAGGUAAGGGCGCUCGGUGUUUGUGUGGUUGGUGAGGAUGACAGUGGUUCCAGAAGCUACGUACGCAAGAAUUUCGUGCUAAUGUUGGGUCAGCCGAGAGGGGAAAGCAAAAACGUCGCGAGAUAUAUAUAUAUAUAUAUAGUUAUGAGAUAUGAACGCACAUGUGACAUCUCCCCAGUGAUCAAUAAAUCCGCCUCCACUCCCUUGAACACACUCCC